UUGGACCAUAGCGCGUACAGCAUUCACUGUCAAGAGCAAUUCUCCAACCAGCAACUCUGACUUUUCUCAACGACGAGUAUGAAAAAAUCUGUAGAUAUUAGGGCAAAAGCUUCCUCAGCCAAUAGUGCUCUGUUUCGCGUAUUGGUGAGUUCCAUAGGGUGCUUGUUGAUGACUUCCUUUCUCAUCAACGUGCUCUAUCAUUCGAGAUUGCCGUCUCCACAAUCCGAUCUCUCCCAACUGAUUUCUCGCGAGUCAUCCUACGUACAACACCUUAAUAAAACGUUGUGGAGCGGCACAAACAAGGCCCAGCAGGUGGAAAAACGCAACAAGAAAGGACAAAUUUUACACCACAGUAUUACGGCGAUCAAACAAGAGGAUCUACGGGGCGUCGGCGACGACGCAACCAUACCAAAGAGAGAAUCAGAUCAAGCCAAUAGGGACAUGGGUCAAGCACGCCAGGGUCGCGAAGAGUUGCUGGCAAUUCUGAAAGAUGCCGGAGUCGAAGACAUUGACGUGGCGAGCGUUUUGAAACUCCCAUUGUGGUCCGAAGUUCAGGCUUUGUACGGUGACGGUCCGGUCGUCUAUGGCCUCGAUACUUGCGAAGAUUUCCGCGCGAAUAUUCCUAGAGAAGAUGCUUCUAUUGGCACGGCUGGACUGUUUAAUACCGGCACCAACCCCUUCAACAUGUACCUGGAAGGUAACUGUAUCAUGCCCGAAAACGAACACGACCAUCACGGCGGCAUGAGGUGGCAAGUUCCGUGGGGUAAGCAUAUGCUGGCGAGCCGCAAGUGGAACAACACGGCUGGGCACGACCAUAAAGUCAAUAAAUCCAACGUGCUACCCGUUGUACUGAUUCGAGAUCCCUACUCCUGGAUGCAAUCCAUGUGCAAACACCCAUACGCCACGUCCUGGUCCAAGAAUGUGUCCCGGCACUGUCCCAAUCUUGUGCCUACCCCGGAAGACCGAGCAGAGUUUUCCGAGUUGGGCACGAACGAGUCCAUUCCGGUGCGUAUCAACUACCCCAAUAAGCCGGCCGAUUACCCGUCGUUGGCCCAUUUUUGGAGCGACUGGUAUCAACAAUAUUUGCAGGCCGAGUAUCCCAGGCUUUUGAUACGCUUUGAAGAUUUGAUUUUUCACCAGAAAAGUCUACUUUCGAUUGUUUGUGCAUGUGCCGGAGCUAUACCCAAACAAGAUACGUUUUCGUACGUCGUCGAUGCCGGUAAAUGGGGUUCCGCUCACAAAGGAAGCUCCAACAUGAUCUCCGCCAUGGUGAAGUACGGAAGCAACAAGAAACGCUUGAGCGGUUUGACCAAUGAAGAUUUGAGCUACGCCCAGGAGCAUCUGAGUGCACACCUGAUGACGCUCUUCCAGUACGCCCAGCCACCAGAAGGAGGGGCAGCACUCUCAUGAUACUAGAAUUUGAGCUAGUGCUUUGAACGGAACGCUUGAAAGCUGCCUUAAAAGCUUUGCCCUUGAACGUUUCAGAAUGGAACGAAAGCUCGCUCUUUCAUAGUACAAAAUAUCUCUAAACAAUAGCUAUGUAUCCAAGAUUUCACCAUCAACCCAAGGUUUC